AUGUUGCAACAUAGGCUAGUGACAAUUAUAUUCUUUGUAGGUCAAGAUGGUGAAAGUGAAAUAGUAACUGAAGAUGCUACAUUUGUUCAUGGGGAACCUCCUCAAGAUGCUAAUGGCCUCCCAAAAGUUGAUUCUAAGGUGGAAGUCCUUCAUGAGAAAGUCACGAAGCAAAUCAUUAAGGAAGGUCAUGGUCCAAUACCAUCCAAAUAUUCAACAUGCUUCUUGCACUACAGGGCAUGGACUCAAAGCACACGGCAUAAGUUUGAAGACACAUGGGAUGAACAACGACCACUUGAAAUGAUUUUAGGAAAAGAUAUAUCAUAUGAAGUUGAGCUUAUUGGGUUUGAUGAAACCAAAGAAGGGAAAGCUCGUGGUGACAUGACUGUGGAGGAGAGGAUUGGAGCAGCAGAUAGAAGAAAGAUGGAUGGAAAUGCUUUAUUUAAAGAAGAAAAACUAGAGGAGGCUAUGCAACAGUAUGAAAUGGCCAUUGCAUAUAUGGGUGACGACUUCAUGUUCCAGUUGUUUGGGAAGUACAGGGACAUGGCUUUGGCUGUUAAAAAUCCAUGCCACCUUAACAUUGCAGCGUCUCUUAUAAAGCUCAAGCGGUAUGAAGAAGCCAUUGGACAAUGCAGUAUUGUACUGGCGGAGGAUGAAAACAUGUCAAAGCAUUAUUUAGGCGAGGAAAAGCCAGAGCAGAGCUUGGGCAGACAGAUGCUGCCCGGGAAGACUUUUUAA